ACACGUCGCGGUAGCGUCGACGGCAGUCGUAGUAGUACGCGCGCCGCGAUGUGUACACCGCCGCGGUCGUCGUGCACGUCGUGUCACCGGUCAUCGGUACCGCCGGAACCGGCGCGAUGAAAUAACAAUAAUAUUAUAAAAUAUGAUAUAAUUAUAUUAUUGCGAUCGUGUCGUACGAGUGCAGUCUUACCGAUCGUAUUGUCGUUCAACACCACACACACACACACAUAUAUAUAGUAUUAUAUUUUAUGCGUAUAUUGCCCGUAGUGCGGUGUGCGUUUCUGCAGUCGAUAAUAAUAAUAUUAUUAUUAGUUGUGUUCGAUUUAUCGCAUUUACCGACCGAUACUGUAAUUGAACUCGUCACUCGAUCGCGUGUGUAGUGCGCGAAUACCAAUCGCAUAUUGUAAAUAUAUUAAACGGUUUUUUUUUUAUUUUGUCGAUUUUUACGUCGUCGUCGUUGUUGUUAUUGUUACUCCAAUGGCAGCUACCGAAUGGAUCACGGCGAUCGACAAAAGGCCGUCCGACAGGAGCGCCAAAGACGUGGAGGCCAUUACGUCACGACUCCGACGAGUGGACACGUUGAACCGUCUGCCCAACAACGUAUUGCAACAGUUGGCGUUCGUAGGCUACUACGAGGACCUGGAACGCGGCGUUAUGCUGUACAGACAAGGUGAAAUUGGGUCAAGUUGGUAUGCCGUAUUAGGUGGAAGUUUAGAAGCAAGACUUUCGCACACUAAUCAGACUUCGUCAACUAACACUGACAAGGCCGUUGUCACUCUGGACGUUGGUGCUACUUUCGGCGAAUCAAUAGUCCAUGACUUGCCCAGAGACAUGACAGUGUGCACGAAAACUACAUGCGAGCUGCUCAGGAUACACCAAAAUGACUUUAAAAAGAUUUGGGACAAACACUCAAAUUUGAUGAAAGACUUAAUCGCUACUAAUAAACUAAGAAACGGUAUGGCCAGUGGAAGUCUAACCAAGUGCCAAUCUCCUCCACCUGUGAUGAAUCAGACUCGCAGAACAGUUACCCCUGAUAAUCCUGAUCCGGCUGAAGUCAUUACGGAGAACCCCAGUAUGCCAAUGGCCAGAGCCGGUUGGGUAGUGCGCACGCUGUUGCUCAGUGAUCAAAACACCGUGCUCAGGGACCGGAAGACCGGUGGUGGCCGAUCCGUUGUCCGGAGAUGCGCUUCCGGCAGCGAGCUGAUCGACUGGCUGAUGAACCUAGUAUCCACCGAUCACGAUUCGUUCAGCAGACACGAUGUGAUUGGCAUGUGGCAAGCUCUGCUCGAGGAAGGAGUCAUAUCGCACGCUACCGGGGAACAUCCGUUUAAGGACAAGUGUCUAUUUUACAAUUUUUGGCAAGACAGAGAGGGUGCUCUUAACACACCCACCAUACAAGACGUGGCCGAAGCCGAGGAACAUCUAGAAGAAGCGCUACAAGAACUUGUCCACAGGGGACCAGAUGCGCACUUGCGUCUGAUCCUGCGAUCACCGAGCUCGGAGAGGACGCCCGAAGACUUGGAGCUGAUAUUUGAGGAACUAAGUGAGCAGAAGGCUCUAGCUCACCUGCCAAACUCGGUAAAACGGGAACUGGCAUCUGUUGUGGUGUUUGAAGCUCAUCCGAGAGCCGGCCAUACACUGUUUCGACAAGGAGACGAGGGAAAAGCGUGGUACGUGAUUAUGCAGGGCGCGGUUAGCGUCGAAACGUACUCCAAAGGCGUUGUGGAAUCGCUGUACGAAGGCGAAGACUUCGGUGGUUUGGCGUUAAUACACAACGUUCCGAGAUCAGCGACCAUAACCGUCAAAGAAGACAAUACCCAUCUUUUGCGUGUAGACAAAGACAGCUAUAAUAAAAUCGUUAGGGACAUCGAAGCGAAUACCGUCAGACUGAAAGAACUCGGUAGUGACGUGUUAGUACUAGAAAAAUCUCCACGAUUACACAAAUACAUGAUUAUUGCUGGAACUCCACAAAAAAUUCUAGAACAUCUCCUAGAGCACAGGCUAAGUAGCACGAAUGUCGCAAGCUCCAGGAACGAUCCGUGUCUAGACGAUUUUUUACUAACGCACAUAGUGUUUAUGCCCACCAGGACAUUAGUGUCGGAACUCAAUAAAUAUUAUCAUAUGGAAAAUCCAGCGCAGGACCGAGAAUAUACCAUAAACUGUAAAAGAAAAGUAGUACAAUUCGUAUACAGAUGGGUGGUAACCAUAAGGCACCCGGUGUUUGACGACGUCAUAUCGAUGUCAUUUCUCGAGGAACUGGCCAGUGACGUGGAAGCUGAUUGUCAACUGUUGGGUGGCAAAAGCCAAGCUCUGCAAGAGGAAGCCAGCCUAAUGCAUCAUAUCAUGUCUCGAUUGAGAAGAUAUCAGGACGAAAGAUUAGAGACUUCGGGUUUAAAAUGGAAGUUACCGCCGGGUGGUCAACCCAUUUGCCUGUUUUCGGCAAUAAGCAAUCCAUCGAAAAAUAAUAGGCCGAUCAUCCGACCAAACGAUGACAUCAUAUUCCGAGUGUAUUGUGCCGAUCAUACAUUUUGCACGUUGCGACUGCCUGUCAAUGCCACGGCAGAAACCAUAAAAGUGGGAGCCUACGAAAAAUGCAGUCUUCGACAUCCCGUACAAGAUCUGAGGAUAGUAGAAGUAAAAUCAAAUGGGGAAAGGGUACCGUUCAGGGACAGCGAACACUCGAUACCCACCACUGUGGCACUAAACAGUUGCAUAUUUCUAACGCCAAAAGAUCACAUGGACGCAUUGACAUGUGUGCCAGAACAAGAAAAAUCCGAAGGGGCGGAGAUAUCAAGUGAUUUUGAUUCAUUGAGCACCAAGGAAUUGGCAUAUCACAUGACACUUUUCGAUUGGGAAUUGUUUUGGAACGUCCACGAGUACGAAUUGAUAUACUUAACGUUCGGCAGACAUCGAUUCCAACAAAUCACAGCAAAUUUAGAUAUAUUUCUCAGACGAUUCAACGAGAUUCAAUAUUGGGUUAUCACCGAAAUAUGUACAUCACAAAAUAUAUCAAAAAGAACGAACAUACUGAAGAAAAUGAUAAAAUUGGCAACGUACUGCAAAGAAUAUUACAAUUUCAACGCAUUCUUCGCUAUCCUUAUGGGACUAAGUGACGUGGCCGUCAGCCGGUUGUCAACUACUUGGGACAAGUUACCGUCCAAAUCACGUAAACAGUUCACUGAAUAUGAGACGCUCAUCGACCCGAGCCGAAACCACAGGGCGUACAGAAUCACUGUGGGCAAAUUGCCCUCUCCCAUGAUACCGUUCAUGCCCCUGCUCAUCAAAGACAUGAAAUUCACCCACGACGGCAACAAAACGCACGUGGACGGUUUAGUAAACUUUGAAAAAAUGCACAUGUUGGCGCAAACCAUGAGGACGCUCCGGUACUGCCGAGCCAGGCAUUUGGUGUUGGAGCCGCCGGUGUCGAAAAACGAAGCCGACGUCAAGUCGUACGUGAGCUGUUUGAGGUGUGUGAACAACGAACGGACGUUGAUGAGCAUGUCCCAGAAACUAGAACCCAGGAGAACUUAGACGCUCAUCAUCCACGACGGUAUCAUAAAAUAAUAUAUAAUAUACACGCACACCUAUUACGAUUCAACGAUUCCCUACGAGUCGUAUAAUAAUAUUAUAAUAUUGUACGGCAGACUCUUCUUCGCCGAGUAAAUACUGUAUAAUACAUAUAAUUAUAAUAUAAUAAAAUAUAAUAUAUUAUGCUACGAUAAGUACACACGUGCGUAUAGACCACGAGUACUCGUAUAUUGAGUAUCUUAUUCGUGAAUACGCUGUAGUACAUAUCACAAUGAGCGUUUAUAGUACUAUUAUUUUUAGUUCUAAAUCUAAAUUUUUAGUUCUAAUUGGGGACGGGGUGGCCGAGCGGUCUAAUUCGUCGGCUGCGGAGCAGCUGGAUCCGGUUCGAUCCUCGGCCACUGGGCGGCAUUUUUCUCCGGGUAAGUCACGGUGUCCGGAGAACAAGUGCUGCCAUCCCCCCACCCCGGGGCAUGGCAGAAACCUACGGGUGCCCCAUUAAAAA